CUUUGGUGAGUACUACUAGCGCACUCUAAAAACAGUCUUUACUGAAAACUGAAGAUAGCCGACGUGCUGCUACAACUGGUCCGAAUGGUGUUCAUGUCGGUACAUUGUUUAAAAAGAAGGACCACGUUGUUGUGUCCCCAAGUGGUUUAUUGCAGUGCCCGUGAUAGUCCGUGAUCUAAUUAAAAUAGUGACGUGCCAUAUGUAUAAUAAUGUCCGAAGGUGUAAAACGAGUGCCGACACAGAGCCUGGAAUCAGCGGGUUCCUUGGGUAACGCAACUAAGGAGAAAAAAAGAGAAAAGGGCAAACAGCUCGCGCCCUCCAUACGCUUAGAGCUCUGUCUGGAUGACAAGAACGAGACGGCAUACGCUGAGUUUAACUACACUCAGCUCCUAAAAUCCGCCGAGAAAAAGAGGAGUAAGGAGAACAAAAAUACCAAUGGGCUGGACCCGUUCGAUGAUGAUGAUGAUGAGAAGGAGCGGAUAAUUGCUAGAAAAUUUGAAGCUAAAUAUGGUACGAGCAAUGUAAUGAAGAAGAAUAAGAAAAAAUAUGAUGACGAUGUUGAUCUUGGAGCUGGUUAUGAUGAAAAUGAUUCGUUUAUUGAUAACACAGAUGCUUAUGAUGAAAUAGUCCCUCUCGGAGUAACAACAGCACACGGAGGUUUCUACAUCAAUUGGGGGAAGUUAGAAUUUGCUGUUAAAGAAGGAGAAGUUUCUCUGGCACGUACUCUUAAUCAUACUAAUAAUGAAUCAAGCAGCAGCGAGAGUAGUGAUGAUGACGAAGAUAGUAACAGCCCGCCGCCUAAAAGAAGAGAUAGUCGAUUAGCCAGCUCAUCUGAAGAAGAUGAUGAAGAAAUUGUUGAGCCAGCUCCCAAAAAAUCAAAAUUAGAUGAAAAUGGAGAGAAAAAAGUUAAUUAUGAUAAUAUGAUUAAGAAAAAAAAGAAGUUAACCGAGGAGUCGACUGUAGAUAGUUUAAAUAAACAGAAGAAUACUGAUGAUAAACGAGAUCACAUGGAAGUUGAUAUUUCGUCUGAUACUAAUCAAGAGCAAAGAAAAAAAUUAUCCUGUGAUGUUAUAAAAACAAAAGAUGUUGCGAAAAAAAUUAGUAAAAAGCCAGUGACUAAUGGUUUAGAUGAUAAUAAAAAAUUAGACAAUGGAAAAAAGUUAACGGUUAAAGAUAGUAAUGUUGAUAAUGCUAUUGAAAGUGUCGUUAAUGAUGGCAAGGCUGAUGAUGAUGACAGUAGAGAUACCGUGGAUUCGAACAAGUCACGAUCUGUUGUUGCUGGUACGUCUUCGGAGGGCGAGGACGGGGAUAAAAGCGAUUGUCGAAUGCCUGAUAAUUUACCUGAGGAUGUUAAGGAAAUAAUUAAUAAACUUAAAAAACACGUCGAGAAUAAUAACAAAGAUGGAAAAAUUAAAUUUUUCGAUGCUUACGCUAAUUCUGCGAUACUCAACUUGGAUACAAAAUUGAGGCAAAUGGAUUCACCAGCGGUUAGGAAUCAGGUCUACACUAACCUCGCGCCUCUUAUGUCGUGCAGCAAAAACACUCUGAGCAAUCGGAUUAAAAAGUUGAGCCUUCAAGAAGCCGAGAAUAAAGUCCGAGAACCAAUGGAGAGGUUGAAGGCGAUAAUUGAGCAAUUAAUGCCAGCCGCUGUUUCAAAGUUUGAAGAAGAGUGUCGCAGAGUUGCUGAAGACAACCCUCAUUUAUACUGGGAGAUAUACCGGUACUGUGGAAGUUUUGAAGCUCCGGUGUCUGAUGGAGAUAGCAGUGAUGGAAAUGAAAAAGUAUCUAAGAAAUCAAAUUUCCCACGCAAGCGAUUCCCGUGGACAUCUGAAGCCAAGAAAGCGGUGUGUGACAUAGCAACAGUAUGGCGCCAAUAUUACAAAGUUCGAAAGCCAAGGAAAGAAAAUAUGGAUUCAUUUGUCUCGACAUUCAUGGAGAGUAAAAUUUUACCGCUUUGGCCCAAGGGUUGGGUAACCAUUGAAACUCUAUUAAAGUACUCUACUCCAGAAACACCUGGCAAAAGAAAACUGAAAAAAUCAAAGGAUAACGUACAAGCGAACAACGCUCAAAUAGUUACUAAUAAUUGUACCUCGAGAUUGGAAAACACACCAAGUACCAAUACAAAUAUCAAUAAUUUAAAUCAACAAGAACGUUCUAAGACACCGACAAAUUUAAAAAGUUCUAGUUCUUUAGACAACAUAAGUUAUACGUCUCCUUCUUCGCAAGCCGUUAAAUCAUCAGAAAUUACGACAUUAGCAGUAACAGCAGUACCAGCGGAGAAAAAACAAACAAACAAUACCAGUAAAUACAAAGAUAAAAUACGAGAGGGAUCAACGCCGUCUAGUCAUCUGGAUAACAGCGUACCAGCGCCAAUAGCUAAAAUAUCUGUGGUACCUACGUCUCAGUUGAUGGCACAAAAACCUAAAGCUCAUUCUGAUAAAUUUAAUCCACUUAAUUUAACUAGUAGUACUGUUUCAAUAACACCGGUUAAUGAUUACCAGAAAGCCAAUAAAUUGGAUGAAGUUAAAAAAGACGUUGUUUCGAUAACACCGUUCUCAGACACCGCUGUCGAGCAUGGCAAUGUUAAAGUUGGAUUUCUAGUGUCUAAUAAUUCUGGAUCUAAAUCUCUACCACUUAAACAUCGGAUACUUAAUGACAAUGCUGACAAGAAGAUAGACGAUCGCGAUAUUAUUGCAACUGUUGGUGUCAAUACCGCUGAUAGCAAGGAUAAAAAAUGCGAUCGUUGGAUAGAGGAUAAAUACAAAUCAUCGGGUGAUAUGAAAAAGCGACGCAAGGAAAUAAUAACAAUGCAUUUACCUCAGCAGUCCUCAUCGAUAACGAAACAUGAGGUCUCAAGUAUUCUCCAGCCUAAGUUGGGGCUAUCUCAAGAGGAGAUUGACAGGCAGAUUGAGGAAACAGAGGCUGCUACCAAUUUUCUCAGCCAGAUAAUAAACGAGGAGUCUCCGAGAUCAACAAGCGAGGGUAAGCGGAAAGAGCCCAGUUUGAUUGAUGACGGAUUGGUUUACGCGAGCACAUUUCCACCGAGUGAACAGGAUAAAGAUGUUCAAAUGGUGAUGCGUUCGCUUAAAGAACUUCAGGAGUUGCAGGAGAACAAGUACUCGCCGAGUCAUUCACCGUUCCAAAAAUCUAAAUCUUCUCAUCAGUAUGUUGGAUUUUCUAGCGAUUAUCAUCAACAUUAUCACAAUAAAAAGGAUGAUAAAUUGAGUAAAAUACCAAAAGAUGAACCACAUUGGUUGUCACGUGAUUAAUGUUAAUUGAUAAUCUACGACUGAUGCUGAUUAUAUUCCAUCGACUUGAACAAAUACUUCCAACUCGUUCCUACGGUUUUUAAAAUCUGAAUAAAAUAAAAAUAAGUAUUUUAAAAUUGCCUGACAGUUGUAAAUAUAUUUAAAUCAAUACUUAGAUAUGAGUAGUGGGUAAACAUAUGUACAGGUACAUAAAUUGUAAACAAAUUAAUGUGUGGUAGGCUUUGUACAUAGUGCUAAGAAUGGAGAGGUUUUUAUUAUUGUAAAUUCAGAACGAAAAUUCACCUAUUAAAUUAAUUUUUGUAAAAUUUUCAAAGGUGUCAGCGAUUCAUUGAUUUUUUUUUUAU